CACGCGUGACACGCUGAGAGUUUGCCAUGUUUUCUUUCUCUCGCCCUCUUCAAAAGGCGUCAGUUGCGCUGUCGGUCUCGCGUUCCAACGUGGCGGACGAACAUUUUCCUCAACGUGCACGUUCCAAACUUUUUCUGUUUCCGCCUGACCGUCGACGACGUCCACCAGCUGAAUUUCGUAUAUCGAGCGGGCGACCUGAAGCGCACACGUCCCCACGUGUGGGGCGACGUGUCGCUGAUGGACGUCAGGCUCGUGUGACUUCAAGACGUCUUCACGUACCCCCCCCCCUGUUUUUUUUUUUUUUUUUUUUUUUUUUUUCCGAGAUAAUGGCUAAUGUUGAGCCACUCAAGCACAUGAAAAUAGGGACACAUUGAAAAGAAAUGUGAAUUAAUGAAUGUAUAUACAUAUCAUUCCCACAAUAAUACUAUAAAUAAUAUCAAUAAUGGUAAUAAUCAUAAUACAUUAAACUUAAUGGAUCACUAAUUGAACCUGAAAAGGUAAAAAAAUAAUCCUUCGGUUCUGAUUGUUGGUCCGUUUCUACUUCCUGUUUGUAUUGUUACGUCAGAUGUGACGACAUGUCGGAGUGUGCCAUUUUCACUUUGGGAGGGAUGAGCGGGAUGAACCAUUCACUGCAUAUUCUUUUAGCGGCCAACGAAACGACAUUAUCGAUGUGUUGGCAGUUUCGUCUGUAUUAAAAUGUUAAAAUUCUUUGUUAUUCAAAUGGGAUUUGGACAUGUGAAUGUUAAAGCGGCGAUAUACUAUCCGAUGAAUUGUAAAACCUGAACGUUAGCUUUUUGUUUUGUUUUGUUUUCCCCCUUCGCUCUUGCCGUAGUUGUUUAGCGCGUAGUUUGACUCCACCGCUGUCGGUGGUUUUGCGUUGCCACACGCUUAUGACGACGAAAAAUCUCCUCAUUUCAGAAAAAGGAAAGUCAGCCGUCGAUUUGUGUGGUUAACUCAUCUCCUCGAAUGCCGCUCAAUGUGCCGGCAAGGCUGCUAGCGGGCUAGCUCGCGGUUCAGAGCUGCGACGACAUCGGAGAAGAGCGGUCAUGAGGAGGAGUUUGGCUCCCAGUCAGGUCGCCAAACGGAAGCAAGCCGAGGAUGGAGAGUGGACGGGUUCGGCGCGGAAAAAAAGCAUCACGGGGGGCCAAGCGGCGAUGCCGUCUGCGUUCAGGAGGCCGCUGACGCAGCUCGCGUGCCCCGACGCCAACCGACACGAGGAAUUUAUCCGGCGGAUCCUGUCCAAGCCGUUUAAAGUUCCCAUCCCGAAUUACACGGGGCCGCUGGGCAUCCGGACACUUGGCCUGAAGCGAGCGGGAGUGAGGCGGGCGCUUCACGACCCGUUUGCGGAAGGCGCCCUGGUUCUGUUUGAGCCCGAGUCGCUGAGUGCCCACGAGCAGCUCAAAACUGACAAGGACAAAAUUCCCGUCCACGUGGUUGUGGAUCCCGUCUUGGGGAAAGUGCUCAGACCUCACCAGAGAGAGGGCGUCAAGUUCCUGUGGGACUGCGUGACGGGUCGACGCAUCCCGGGCUCGUUCGGCUGCAUCGUGGCCGACGAGAUGGGCCUGGGCAAGACCCUGCAGUGCAUCGCCCUGGUGUGGACGCUGCUGCGCCAGAGCCCCGACGCCAAGCCCGAGAUCGACAAGGCCAUCGUGGUGUCGCCGUCCAGUCUGGUCCGCAACUGGUACAACGAGGUGGCCAAGUGGCUGGGAGCCCGCGUCGCGCCCGUCGCCAUCGACGGAGGCUCCAAGGACGACAUCGACCGGCGGCUCGUCAGCUUCAUUUCCCAGCGCGGCCCCCGCGUGCCGACGCCGAUACUCAUCAUCUCCUACGAAACGUUCCGGCUGCACGCCGAGGUUCUGCACAAAGGCCAAGUGGGACUCAUCAUCUGCGAUGAGGGUCAUCGGCUCAAGAACUCCGACAACCGGACGUACCGGGCCCUGAACGCCAUGCGCGCCCAGAGGAGGGUGCUGAUAUCGGGCACGCCCAUCCAGAACGACCUGCUGGAGUACUUCAGCCUGGUGCACUUUGUCAACGCCGGCAUCCUGGGUACGGCCCAGGAGUUCAAGAAGCGAUUCGAGCUGCCCAUCCUGAAGGGUCGCGACGCCGACGCCAGCGACGACGACCGCCACGCGGGAGAGGACAAACUCAAGGAGCUCAUCGGCAUCGUCAACAGGUGUUUAAUCAGGAGAACGUCCGACAUCCUGUCCAAAUAUCUCCCUGUCAAGAUGGAGCAGGUGGUCUGCUGCAAGCUGACGGCGCUGCAGACGGAGCUCUACAAGCGCUUCCUGAGGCAGGCCAAGCCCGUCGAGGCGCUGCAGGGGGACCGGGUCGGCGUCUCCUCCCUGUCGUCCAUCACCUCGCUCAAGAAACUGUGCAAUCACCCGGCGCUCAUCUACGACAAGUGUGUGCAGGGCGAGGAAGGCUUCGAAGGCGCUCUGGAUCUUUUCCCGGCCGGCUACUCCGUUAAAAGCGUCGAGCCUCAGCUGUCGGGCAAAAUGCUGGUUCUGGACUUGAUCCUGGCCGUGACCAGGAGCAGCACCGACGAUAAGGUGGUGCUGGUCUCCAACUACACCCAAACGCUGGACAUCUUUGAGAAGUUGUGCCACUCCAGAAAGUACCCGUACGUCCGUCUGGACGGCACCAUGUCCAUCAAGAAGAGGGCCGAGAUUGUGGAGAGAUUCAACAGUCCGGAGAACCCCGAAUUCAUCUUCAUGUUGAGCAGCAAGGCGGGCGGCUGCGGCCUGAACCUGAUCGGCGCCAACCGCCUGGUGAUGUUCGACCCCGACUGGAACCCGGCCAACGACGAGCAGGCCAUGGCGCGCGUGUGGCGGGACGGCCAGAAGAAGACCUGCUACGUCUACAGGCUGCUGUCUACGGGCACCAUCGAGGAGAAGAUCCUGCAGAGGCAGGCGCACAAGAAGGCGCUCAGCAGCUGCGUGGUGGACGAGGAGCAGGACGUGGAGCGACAUUUCUCGCUGGGGGAACUUCGGGAGCUCUUCGCGCUCAACGCGGAGACGGCCAGCGACACGCAUGACAAAUUCCGCUGUCGGCGCUGCGUGAACGGCAUCCAGACGCGCCCCCCCGCCGCCGAGUCGGACUGCACCGCCGACCUGUCCCAGUGGCACCACUGCUGGGACAAGAAGGGCCUGAGGGACCAAGUCCUGAAGGCCUGCUGGGCCGCCCCCGCCGCCGUCUCCUUCGUCUUCCACCAGCGCUCCCACGACGACCAGCGAGCCGUCGUGUGACACGUAUUUAUUAUUUCCGCUGCUUUGCUCUUCUUGUUGUUUCUCUAUCAAAACUGUCAAAUAAAGUUCACGUUUUAAC